AAUAUAUUGAAUGAUCUCUGACCGGAAGCUUCUGCGCCAUCUAGUGUUUUCAUUAUGCAAAGCAGUAAUGUCGCCACAAGAGGUGGCACUAUGAGUCAGUCUGCACGGAAUUUAGUAGCAGAAAUUAUAAAUAACGGGGAGCUAAUUAACACCCUGGCAAAUGCAUGUACUGGCCAACCUAAUACUGGCAGCAGUGUUCCGAAUCGUAGUACUGAUGAAGAAAUUUAUUCACUGUUUCAUCGUGGAAGACCAAAUGCAAUGAACCUCUCUGGCCAGACAGCUCCUGCGUUUCAAGCUAACAUUACGAACAACAUGCCUUCCACAUCCACAUCUCAGGCACCCUCUACAACAGCAGGCCCUGUCUACAAUCUUCGCCCUUUCACUCGAAAGGGCCCAAGACAGAAGAGGUUUCCAGUCCAAUUAGACAGUCUACAUUCUGUGGCUCAGUCUUUCUCCAAAGAGGUGAUUCUCUUGCCAGACCAUGCAACUACACAUGUGCCACGGCGUAACAGAAAAGCUUGGCUUUUUGAAAAUGGACAUAUAAAAUCUGCACUGGAGUUUUGCUGUGACUGGGACUCAGACAAAGUUGUACAAGCAAUAAGGGCUGCCUUCCAACCAGUUGUGGAAGGAUGCAGGCUACAAAUCUUGCUGCCAUGCCAUACCAAACUAGUUGAGCCAUCACUUACUUCCAAACAGACUUUGAAUGGACACCUUUUGAAAAAACUGUUUCAUCAAAAGUCUGUUUAUGUCAGACCUGACAAGGUCAUUUUAAGUGAGGACAAAGAAUCUCCAAAUUCUGAUGAAGAGAGUACAAGCGGGCAUGAUUUUACAGAAACAUCGGACUCUGACAAAUGUGCUGAAAGACACACUGUUAAGACACAGUCCAUGUCUGGUGAUGAUGUUAUCUGGUGUGGUGCUACGCAAGAUAUUUGUACUGUUGACCCUUCCAUCUCUGCCGACACUCUCACAAUGUCCACUGAUCCUGCUGUUGUCACUUUUGAUGAGAAUGAGCCUUUCUUUAGUGGAACAUCUGUCAUUGCCAGUGGCAACUCACAUGGCUUCUCAGUUGGUUCCUCUGCCAAUGUUACUGGUGACACACAUGUCUUCUCUGCUAACAACACCUCCAGUGUGUCUAAUGCUCCCACCCAACCCAGUUUAUCCAGCACAUCCUACAGUACAUAUCUUGGCCUGUUUGAGGAAGAAUACCUGUCUGAUGACCCUGACCUCCAAGAAGCCAUUUCAAGGUCUCUAGAUUCAAGUGCAAUUGAGAGUGACCUACCGAUGAGCUUAGAGAGUAUCAUGGCGCAGAUUGUCUCUAGAGUAAAUAAUGACAGCACUGUACGCUUCAAUAUCAUAAGACGAAAUGUGUGGGAUGGAGCAUCCAGAGCCAUGGGCAGAUCCAAUUUUUCACCUGAGAAGAAGAUAGAUGUCAAGUUUACUGAUGACUAUGGAAUAUCUGAGGGUGCUGUUGACAAUGGAGGACCUACUCGGGAGUUCUUCCGACUUUGCCUUGAUGAAGUCAAGGACAAAAUUGGCAUUUUUGAAGGUCCACCUAAUGCUAAAGUCCUUACGUGCAAUUCCAAAGCAAUGAAAGACAAUGGAUACUUCUGCGCUGGCCAGAUCAUGGCAAUGUCAAUUGCCCAUGGAGGACAGAGUCCAUGUUUCUUAUCUGAACUCUUGUAUGAGUGUCUUCAAAAGGGUCCAGACAACAUCAAAGUCAACACUGACCAUAUUACUGAUGAAGAAACAAGGUCACAGGUGCAAUCGAUCUUAGAAGCUGACACAAAAUCACAACUGCAGGUUGCAGUUGCACAGGCAGGCAGCUUGAUCAGUCUUGCUGGUCACAAUGUUUGCAUAACACUGGAAAACAAACAAGAAACUGCUUUGGAUUUGGCUCACUGGUAUGUCCUCCAGCGAACCCGUGCACCUUUUGAAAGGUUGUACCCCACCUUUUGCCCUAUGGUAGCUGGGAUAGGCUUCAGCCCCCAGCAACCCUCAGUUUGAUAAGUGGAAGAAGAUGGAUGGAUGUUCAUUUUAUCCUUUCUUUUAACCUGUUCAGUAUUAUCCUAACAUAUCUUCGUUCAGUGAUGCAGGUCUGUACAGUAAUAGUAUUAACAUUUGAGUUAAAGCCACAAGUAAAAACAGUCUCACACUGGUACAGGUCUUAACAGAACAGAAAGUGUAAAUAUAUAUUCAUGUAUAUGACCUUGUAUAUCUUUAAAGCUCAUUAUCUAUGAAUAUUAACAUUUUAUUCAUGUUGAUGUAGGCAUGUGUUUUAAUCUGUAAAUUUAAUGAAA